AUGGACAGACAAACCAUCAUCGAGACCAACCGGUCGCUGCGCACCAUUAAGAAUGAACUCGAGAGCCUCCUCGAGAAGGGCGUCAUCUCGGAGGAUGCCUACGACAACAUCCACGCCACCCUCCCCGCUGAGACCCCCCUCCACGGCGCCGCAUCCCGCGCCGCCCCUAACGCCGCAACCCCCGUCCAGAACAACCCCACGUCUCCUCCCCCGACCGAGGCCAUGGCGGCUCUGAACGUCAACCCGAACCCGUCUCCGGCGCCGCCAUCCUACGCCCAGACCGGGCCCCCUUCUUUGCCGGCGCGCACCAACGAGAAGCCCGUCAUCGCUCACGCCCGCGCCCUGUACCGCUACGCCGGUGCCGACGCCCGCGACGUGGCCUUCGAGCGCGACGACCGCAUCGCUAUCCACGAGUACAUGAACGCCGACUGGUGGAUGGGCCGCAACCUCCGCACCGGCCAGGAGGGCAUCUUCCCCAAGACGUACGUCAUGGUCGAGCAGGACUCGGCCAAGGGCGCCUUCGCCCCGCCGCCCACUCAACCUCAGUACGCGCCGCAACAGGCCCAGUGGGCUCCUCAGCCGCAGUACGGCACGCCCCAGCCCCAGUACGCCCAGCCGCAGGGCCCGCCGCCGCAGCAGAACCCGUACAACGCCGACGUGCCACCCCAGGCCGUCGCCGAGUCGAGCACCGGCGGCAAGGAGGGCAAGGGCGCCGAGAUGGGCAAGAAGUUUGGCAAGAAGCUCGGAAACGCCGCCAUCUUCGGUGCCGGUGCCACCAUUGGUUCCAACAUUGUCAACAGCAUCUUUUAG